GCAGUUUACCUACUAUUAACUUUAAAGGCUCAAUAAAUGAUCAUAGGCUCGAAUAAUUUUCGAGAAGAUCUUUUUUUCGAUCUUUGGCUGGAACACUUCUAAAUGACAUUGGCAGAAAAGCUAGCGCUGGUGGUGCUGGUCACCUGUGCCUGCGCUGUAGUAUCAACGGCCAGUCCACUAGAUCCGGACCGCUACUUUCUGGUUGAGGCCGAGCCACGUGCCCAGCUAGAAGAUUACCGACUCAACGAUGACGUAUGGCCUACGCACUACGAUAUCGAGAUCAAGCCUUACCUGGAGCAGGAAGGUAACAAGGCUCAGUUCACGUUUGAUGGCAGUGCAAAGAUCACUGUCGCGACCCAGAAACAAAAUGUGAUGCAGAUCAAGCUGCACAUGGCAAGGAUGGAUAUCAGUGCGUGGAGCGUGACCCGCAAGUCGGAUAAUACGAUCAUACCUACUCUUCCACAAACCUACGAUCAGGAAACGCAAAUUUUGACCCUUCCGCUCAGCUCCGCUCUGCAGGCCAACGUGGAGUAUGUGCUCUCGUUCACCUACGUCGGUAACAUGGAUGACGAUAUGCACGGAUUCUACCGAAGCUACUACUGGGAAGACGGUGUGAAGGUGUGGAUGGGAUCGACACAGUUCCAGCAGACACACGCUCGCCGAGCUUUUCCGUGCUUUGAUGAGCCCAGGUUCAAGGCCACCUUCCAGCUGAAGAUCAACCACAAGACUCAGUACAAUGUGUACUCCAACACGGCGAUCGUGGGAACUGCUGUCGCAGAAGUUGGCCGCAGUUUAACAACGUUCGGCGUUACUCCAUCCAUGUCUUCCUACCUGAUUGCGUUCAUCGUGGCGCCAUACCAGAUAAACGAUCGCGAUGGCAUGGGUAUUCUUGCACGUCCUCAGGCCCAGAACCAAACGCAGUACAGCUUGGACGUUGGAAUCAAGCUACUGAAAGCAUUGGACGAAUGGCUUGACUAUCCAUAUGCCAGUAUGCCGGCGAUGACCCGCAUGUACAUGGCCGCGGUACCUGAUUUCUCUGCCGGUGCGAUGGAAAACUGGGGCUUGUUGACAUACCGCGAGGCAAAUAUUCUCUACCGGUCCGAUGAUUCCACCAGUAUGCAACAGCAACGUAUUGCAACUGUCAUCUCACAUGAGAUCGCUCAUCAAUGGUUUGGAGAUCUUGUCACAUGUGAGUGGUGGGAUGUUGCCUGGCUCAACGAAGGAUUCGCUCGCUACUAUGAAUACUACGCAACCGCCCUCGUUGAGACGAAUUGGGACUUUGAAGAUCAAUUCGUAGUAGCCCAACUGCAAUCAGUGAUGCAGAUGGAUAGCUUGAGAUCUACCCACCCUAUGACUCAUCCCGUCUACACGCAAGCUGAGUCCAGCGCAAUAUUCGACAGCAUUACAUACAAUAAAGGAGCAGUGGUACUUCGCAUGAUGGAGCACUAUCUCACAACUGAAACGUUCAAGACUGCACUCAGAGCGUACAUCAAGGAUCGCGCCUUCAAGACCACCCGACCGGAAGAUCUUUUCAGUGCCCUUAAUCGCUAUGAUCCCAAUGCCAGAUCCUACAUGGAACCGUGGACGGUUCAGCCUGGCUAUCCUCUGGUCACUGUUACCAGCCACGACACUGGAUUCACCGUCACCCAGAAACGCUUCCUCGUCAAUGAACCUGAUCACAACGAACAAACCGCAUGGCCAUUGCCGAUUACCUUCGCUACCAAGGCUAGCGAGUUCUCGAUUACUCGACCCGCUUUCUACACCGGAAUGACGUUCGACAUUCCCAUGCCGGGAGCCUCGGAUGUCGAAUACUUCAUUCUGAACAACCAGCAGGUGGGCUACUAUCGCGUGAACUACGAUGCCAUCCUGUGGGGAAAGAUCAGCAAGGCGCUCCAUAGCGAGGGCUUCGGUGGCAUUCACGUCCUAAACCGAGCGCAGAUCGUGGACGAUCUGUUCAACUUGGCUCGCGGCGAUGUGGUACCAUACGGAACGGCGCUGGAGAUUCUAGAAUACCUUAAGGAGGAAACUGAGUAUGCACCCUGGUUGGCCGCAGUCAAUGGACUCACCACUCUGUCUCGCAGAAUUCAUGCUGAUGAUGAGAAGCUGUUCGCGGCCCACAUCCUGGAUAUCUUCUCCAAGGCAUACGAUAUCGUGAAAUUCCAAGCGCCGACCGCAACCGAACGACGCAUUUUCACAUACAUGCGCCAAAACGUACUCCAAUGGGCUUGCAACUAUGGUCAUGAAGAGUGCAGCAAGGCAGCAGUAGCCGAGUUCCACCGAUACCACCAGAAUCCUUCAGUCAAAGUCCAUCCUGAUUUGCGUCAAGUAGUGUACUGUGAGGGCAUUCGUAAAGGCUCCAUGGAGGAGUUCGAGUUCUUGUGGAACCAAUAUCUGACUACAAACAUGGCAACGGAACAGCUUCUCAUCCUACAGGGCUUGGGUUGCGCCUCAUCGAGUGAACUGAUUACGAUUAUGCUUAAUGCCAUCACUUCUCCUCACGUACGUUCGCAAGAUAAGAGUAACGCUUUCACAUAUGUUAUCAACAAUCUAUACACCUUACCACAUGUUUCGCGAUACCUGCAGCAAAAUCACGCCAUUUGGGCUGCAUCUCACGGUAGCUACGCGAAUGUGGCAUCGGCUUUCAACAAUGUUCUGGCCCGUUUGAAGAGCGACAGCGAGCGGGAUGUGAUCAGUGCUUUCAUCGAAAGCAACAAGAACAUCCUUGGUCAGGCUGCAUACGAUUCGAUUAAGACCGGACUGGAGGACUAUGAAACCAACAAGCAAUUUACUCUGCGAAAUCGUGACGAGAUCCAUGAUUUCUUGGAUAAUAAGAUCAACGGUGGAGCAGCUACCAUAUUGGCCAACGUAUCGAUGAUCGUUGGACUGUUGAUGUUGGUACUAGCCCGCUGAUAAAUCGAUGGUGUUCGUUUUUAUUUCACGUGCUGUUUUGUGAUUCCUCACCACCGAUACUUGUAUGAAAAAGAGUUGUUCUUUACUUGUAGAUAAUUGGUAAAAAUAAAUAAAGCUAUAGAACUAUAACAAA